CGCGGACGGGAACGCACGGCUUUUAGUCGAAUAUUUAAUUCGAUGCCAAUAAUGAUAGUAUAGACAAUAAAAUAAUUGAUUCGAGACAAUAAUUGUAUGACUGAUAGUUGUAAAGAAUAGCUGAGUAUUGAAGAUUUUUACUGCACUUCGUUGGCACAACAGAAUGUGGUCAUCGUGGCCCGCAUGGCUGGUCGCAACCUGCAUAUGCGCGAUCACGAGCGCACAGAGAGUGGAUCAGGAGGGCGUGCUGACUCCACGGCAGUCCAGGCUCCGGGAUCGGGAAUCCAAACCUGACGAGCCGACCUGUGACCAGCUCAAAGCUAUGUGGAGGUUCUCCAAGCGACAAGCGCGCGCUCCGGAGAUAAUGAAUGAGGUGAACACCUACCGCGACCCUCUCCUGUACAACGAGUGGCCCGUCUACACGGCCAUGCCCCGUGCUGCUCCCAGGUUCCGGUACCAAUACCCUUCUGCUCCUCGCGAAGCUUACGGCCGAGUGAUCACCAAGGCACCACCAAAUGUCGUUCGUACACCCGACUAUGGAGAGAUGUUCGGGAUGCUGAAUGUUCCACAUACCUCUGGCAAGAUUUUGCGUUACUCUGGACCUUCGCGACCAAGGGGACCUUCCACCUUCAUGGUGCCUCCGCAAAGGGACAGAUUCGAAGCACUGAAGAAAUUGAUCCGGCAAGAACAUCUCCGCGAGUUGCAGAGGAAGUACGAGACGGAGCAGAAGCACGAGUUAAAGGAGAUUGCCGCUGGACGAGGUGAUGACUUCGCUUACGGGACAUAUGGAGAACAAGAACCCCGAGGUAUGCAGCCAAUCGAGUAUCCCGCUGAUGAUCCAACUACGCGACAUGCCAACAAGAAACCACCGACUGGCAGCCGGCAAAUCUCCCAAUUCAACCGUUACUCUGACGUCAUGCUCCCCCCAGUCCGUCGCAACUUCUACCACCCCUACAUGGAGUACACGCUCCCCGAGUACGUCCCCUACAUCUACUGAACGAUACCACGACGGACGAUCAAACAUUCCGGGAGGGAAAUCUCCGUACAAUUCUCUGGCUUUAAACCCAAUUAUCAGUAUUAAAUCAUAUCUCUAUCAUAUCUUCGCUUUGCCGAUGCGAGCUUUAUUUUUAUAUCUUUGUAGAUGCUUUACACAAAUAUUUUAUAAUGUAAGAAUAGUCCUUUUAGAAAUCUUGAACACGGAUCACAAAAAUUAAGGGAUAUCUUUAAAACAAUAACAAUAAUUAAAAUAAAUAAGAAGCCUUAUUUUGAAAGCCUUUGCCACAAGAGAGAACUUUAUUUUAUUUUGAAAAAUAUCAAAAUUGAUGACUAAAGAGUUUACUGUUUUGUAACAAACAUGGACGAUGGAUGUGAUUGGCUCCUCACACGUGUAAAAUCAUGUCUGUGGUUGUAUCUUGACACCGGAAGUGCAGAUAUCUCAAGUUUUUUGUGAUUCGCGCUCUCGAAAUUAUUGAUUUUUUGAUUAGUACUUUACAAGAUCAAUUAUUUUACCCUGUAGCGUCAAUUUGGACGUUGGAUUGACAAUAAAAAUCAAUGUUUACAAUUAUUGAUGUUUAUUAGACUAGUAAUUGUAUAGUGUAAUCCAAUUAAUAGAUAAUAUCGCUAUUGUUUAUCGCUUGCUUUUAAAUAUAAUUAAUAUUUCAUAAAUAAUUUUAUAGAGGCUAUUUCUAUGUUCCAAAAGUUGCUGUCUCCAGUGACACUCCUGUCUUAAAUACUUUAAAAUACCAACGAGUCAAUCUGUUUGAACAACUGAGAUGGAUAAACAGUAGAGUCAGAUUCUUAAACAAUUCCGGUACUAACAUAUUUUAGGCAUACAUUUUUAUUGGGAAAAGGAGGUCCAUGCUAAGAAUCUCCUAGGAAUACAAUAAUUUAUAAUCCUUUCUCAGAAUUAAUAAUUGUUAAAGAAAGUGGCGCCAUCUCUUGUCUGUCUAACCACAAUAACAUAAAAUCAUAACUAAUAUUUCAAUAAAGAUUGUGGAAUCCACGGGUACGUCAGAGCCCGACAUUCUCGUGGAUAGGAUUACACUAAAAUCGUUCUAGUCAUUACUCACUGGCUCUUGAGGUAUAUAAAGAGUGUAAUCUCGAUGGCUUGGCACAAAUGUGUUUACGAUUUAAUCAAUAAAUAACCACGUAGCUUAUUCGAAUAUUUACUGAAUUGUUGUGAUUACGAUUAGUCGCUAUUCUUCGGAGAAUGUAGCUUGAUUAAAAUAACACAUGCCUAACGUAAUAGUUAGCUUCUAAUGUGGACUGUAUUCUUUACCACAUACUCAACAUCACAAAACAUAAUAUUUUUUGUCAAUAAUCAAUUUUCCGUGACAAUAUACAAAUAAGUGUGAGAUAUUUUAAUGAAUGUUAUUCUAAUCAAGCUAAAUUUAUUAGAUCUAAGAUUAUUAUCUGAUAUUAAAGAUUCAAAAGCCUUCGAGACGGCCAAGUCGGUGUCGGUAACGUGCGGUGUGAAAUGGUCUUUGCUGAAAAUUUUCGGAUAUAUUUUGGAUGCACUAUCCGACCCGAUGGACUAUGCUUUAAUAUGUUAAAUGUUUCGUGUUUAUUAUAGAUAUAUAAGCAUAGCGCAAGAAGCGCUUCUAUUAAUAUCAAUUAAUGUUUGUAAGUGUAGGUGUGUUCGCAGCCUAACUUGUCUUCAAAAUGGUUUUAAAACUUAUGAAAUGUGACCUGUUCUUGCUUGUUACAAUAAUAAUAUUAAAACAAAGCAUUUACAUCAAUAGUUCUCUUUUUAAGUUAAAACCUAUAAAUACACAGGAACUUAUACGACUAAUUUGUUUGUUGCUGGUCAAUUAUUGAUACAUAUUACACCAUAUUAUUAUUACCAUAGGCAAAUGUAGAGUCAAUCUAAUCAUUGAACAAUUGACGAACUAGACACUUUCAAACAAUAAAGAAGAUCAGCUAAGUCAACUUGGCGUUUUUUUUUAUAAUUUCGAGACUCAGAAGGCUGCGAAAGAAAAUUGUUAACUAUUUACGUGUUAGGUAUUGUAUAAUUAUCGUCUUGACUUGUGUAACCGACGGUUGAGAUCGUCAUAACUUACAGACUAUAAAAUUUGGCUUUAAAAUAUUAUAUUACAUUAUUACAGCUUUAAGCUAAUCAAUUCGUUAACCUUCUAUUCGUUGUAACGGGACGGGGCACCAGGUCCUCCCCGUCAUUACUAUUAUAUACAUUAAUUUACACAAUAUGAUAUUUUAACAAUAUUCUGUAGAAAUUUACAAAAUUAUUUUAGUUACUACGAGUCAGUUUGUAACAGUUUAGCGAACUUUUUACGUGUUAUAGUUAUUUAAAAUGUGUCUAUAAUCUAGAACUUACUACGGACAUAUCUGUUCUAUACGGAGACAUAUUUCACUGUCAUAUCACAAUUUUAGGAAUCUUUAACCGUGGAAUGAUAACACAAAUCUAGAGUUCUUUCCGUGGUAUUCAAUGUCACAGUUAGCCGCAUAUCAGCUCGUGGACUUCGUGCGUUUUUUAAACUGUGGUACUAAUAGAUUUGUGCUAUGAUUCCGUGAAACUUGCAACCUGAGGCGAUGUCAAAUUGUAUUUACUAUUUAUCUAGCUACUGAAUAUUAUUAUGAAUAGUGGAUUGUGACAAUAAUUCUAAUAAUGCGACUAUAAAGUUGACAAUAAUAAUUCCUUGACAAUAAAUGUUAGUAUUGAGGAUGAGUUGUAUUUAAUAUACAGUAAUCAAUAGAUAUAAUGUAUUAAAUUAUAA